GACAUAAAGCUUGGACACGGCCCUCCCUCCGAAAAGGAGGUGGCGCAUAUUCUGUCCAAAGUCAAGGAAGGAACGGACACGGCUCAACAGUUCCUGGGGACACUCCUGGAUAAAUGUCUAGUAGAGAAACCCACCCCACAGUGUAUAGGUGCCUGGGCUCGGGUCUGUGCUGUGGUGAAUGAGACCCAGUUCUUGAAUGUCCCAUAUCUGCGCUGGGUGAGGUAG